AGUUAUCCAACAAAAAUAGAUCCGAUCCAAUGGGCCUGAAAUAAACAGGCCCAGUCAUAUCAUACACACAUAUCUAACCCUAAUUGUAUCUCUUCCACUCGCAUAACCGCUGUUGCAGGUUCAUUCAGAUCUCUAAACCCUAAUUAUCAGCAUCAGCAGUAAAAGGAACACGCGAUCGCUACAUAGUCAGUGAAUUUGUUCAACAAUGGUUCACGUGUCAUUUUACCGCAACUAUGGGAAGACUUUUAAGAAGCCCCGACGCCCUUACGAGAAGGAGCGUUUGGAUGCAGAACUAAAGCUCGUUGGAGAGUACGGUCUUCGAUGCAAAAGGGAACUCUGGAGGGUGCAAUAUGCUCUUAGCAGGAUUAGAAAUGCUGCAAGAAUGCUUUUGACUCUCGAAGAGAAGGACCCACGUAGGAUUUUUGAGGGUGAAGCGCUUAUGCGAAGAAUGAACCGUUACGGGCUUUUAGACGAGAGUCAAAAUAAGCUUGAUUACGUUCUGGCUCUUACUGUUGAGAACUUUCUAGAACGCCGUUUGCAGACACUUGUGUUUAAAACUGGUAUGGCUAAGUCUAUUCACCAUGCUAGAGUCCUUAUCAAGCAGAGGCACAUCAGGGUCGGGCGACAAGUGGUGAACGUACCGUCAUUCAUGGUGAGGGUUGACUCACAGAAACACAUUGACUUUUCUCUCACUAGUCCGUUUGGUGGUGGCCGACCAGGCAGAGUGAAGCGAAAGAACCAGAAGGCCGCUGCAAAGAAGGCGGCAGGUGGUGAUGCUGAUGAGGAUGAUGAAGAAUGAGCUGACGCCUACUUUUUGUUAAAUCAAAGGUUUCAUGUUUAUUGUCUUACAGUUUGCGGAACUUUUUAAUGUUUGAAAGUUUUCAACUGCUUUCUUGUUAAGAAUUUUAUAAUGGAUUUUGCAUUAAUGUCUUAAAGGUGAUUUAGUAUUAUUAUUA